UUAGAUCGGUAAUGAAAUAGUCACGUCUAUUGCUACUUCAUUACCGGCUACUUCAGCAGCACAAUUUAGCUUAUGUUCAGUGCAAGAGUGAUAAAUAAGUAAAUUCUGGGCGGGAUAUAACACCAGUGGAGAUGUCGACCGCUCUUGAGAGUUACAUUAACCGGACUUGUGCUAUUAUUACAUCAGAUGGACGAAUGAUUGUGGGAACGCUGAAGGGCUUUGACCAGACAAUUAACCUCAUCUUAGAUGAAAGCCACGAGCGUGUGUUCAGCUCCUCCCAGGGAGUGGAGCAGGUUGUACUGGGACUGUACAUCGUUAGAGGAGAUAAUGUGGCUGUUAUCGGUGAAAUCGAUGAGGAAACAGACUCUGCGUUGGAUCUCGGAAAUAUAAGGGCGGAACCACUUAACUCUGUAGUGCACUAAUUUUCCCCCAGAGUAGGGUAAAUGUAGAGACUCGUUCAAACCACAUCCACAGUAUUUUUCACUGUACCAACCAACCCUUGCCCCACCCCCACUCUUUCUGCUUGGUGUGUCUGCAGAAAUGGAAUAGAAAUUUCUGAUUUUUUUUUUUUU